CCAAGCGAUCAGAUGAGUCAGACACUGAGUGUUGCGCCCGAGAUGAUGGUUCGUUCCAUUUAUCUGCUGCUGUUUUUCUGCUGUGUUGUGAGCGCAGGUUACUAUAAGGAGGAUCCACCACCCAGACCUUCCUGCCCACAGCACUGCGUUAGUCAGUCAGAGUUCAAUGAACUGCAUAGAAAACUGGACCAGCUGGACGCUAAACUGAAAGACAAUAUCAACUGCACUGAAGAACUAAAGAGGAAAGCAAAAAUUACGGUGGCAUUCACUGCAGCUGUAGGAAGACAAGGAGCCAUCGGACCCUUCAAAUCAGACAAAUUUUUAGUCUACAGAAGAGUCAUUACAAACAUUGGCCAUGCUUACAAUCCCAAGAACGGUAUCUUCACCGCACCGUUUGCCGGUGUUUAUUACUUCGCCAUCUUCUAUCACGCCGGAGGAGAGUGCGAGGCAAUGCUGUAUCUCUACAGGAACUACCGGCUGAUGGUCAUGACCAGUGAUCAUGCAACGCGCCACGACACAGCAGAUAAUGGAGGAAACUCAGUGGUGCUGUAUCUGGAUAAAGGAGACCGAGUGUAUGUGUGCUUGGCUGCAAACACACAUGUCUGGGGAUCUUUUUAUCAUACAACUUUCACUGGUUUCUUGGUCCACCUACUGUAAAAAAAAAUAAAUAUAUAAAAAAACUAUAACUCUAAAAAUGAAUCUAAUUUGAUAGAAAGAUACUGGAUGCUGACUGAAAUAAAUCAUCUGACAUUUCCUUUGAUUAUUCUAAUCUAUAAGUGGACAUCUUGCAUUGUGGAUGUAUAGAAAUUAAUGCAGCAUCUUUAGAAAACAAACAUGUUGCUCCCUGUGGCAAGUUUUUCUUUGCAUACUAGAGUGGCUAAGAAGAGAGUUCAGUUGAAUUCCAGAUUGGCUGGUUUCUGUUUCAUUCAGUUUUUAUUUGAUUCCAUCCAGUAAAGUCUUGCUACAGCACUUACAGUAGAUGUGAGAGGACAUUAGAUGCAUGAUGCCAGCUGUUAGGAGACAAAGCAAACAGUUUGCACAGUUUUGCUGCAUGGAUUCAACUGGAACAAGCAAUAACUUAACAAUUUGGGUGUUCUGUGUCACCAUUAAACAAACAGUCAUAUCAGUCGUAUCUGUAAUCUCUGCACUGUCAGAAUUCACUGGUAUCAGAUACGAUGAAGUAUUCACGUUCAAAGAAACUUCCCGGGAAAAUGGAUCAACAAUUACACAAACGAGCUGUAAAAUAGGACUCAAGUUCAUUGCUGUUUCCCUGGAAUCCUAUUUCGGUCAAAUAUAAUCUGGGAUAUCAAAGGUUAAGUGAUUGUCAGUAAAAGCGAUUGACGCUACUUCAUCAAAACAUUUCUGCUGAAACACUAAACACAUAAUCUGCAACGAAUACUGAAGCCACGUGGCAAAUGGGAUGUUAAAGUGAACAGUUAGUCUUUAAACAACAUAAAAGCAACAGAAAGUUAUGUCUCACAAAAAUACAGUCAUUUUUCAUUAAUUCAAUACGUUUUCUAGCCUUACUUUUACAUGAGAUCAUGUGUAUCUUUUAAAUGUUAAAUCAAGGAUGUUUGCAGGUGUAAAUGCAAUGAAAUGAUCAAUUUAUACAAACAAAUAAAGUUAAUAGAAAGAAUCAGGUGCAAUACUGCUGAAAACUUGUGUAUAUAUAAGAAAAACAAAGCUAAAGGACUGUUGUAUUACUAGUAAUUCAGUUUCUAAUUGCGAGAAUGUACUGUUAAUAUUAGAUAAUGUCAAGUGUAGUUUUUACACGUAACUUGUCAUAAAAUUCUAUUAAAUGUCAAAAUGAAUGGAUUUAACUUUGAAAAGUUGGCAAACCACAAUAUACUGUUACAUCGGAUAAUAUAAUUUUACACUUAAUAAAAAACUACAGUGUGUUCAUUAUAUUGCCUUGUGAUUCUAUUCUGUCUUGUCUUAAUACCUGUUUAAAAGUUUGGGGUCACCCAAGCAAUUUCAUGUUUUCCAUCAAAACUCACAUUUUUAUUCAAGUGCAAACAUAACUGCACAAGGGUUUUCUAAUCAUCAAUUAGCCUUUCAACACCAUUAGCUAACACAAUGUAGCAUUAGAACACAGGAGUGAUGGUUGCUGGAAAUGUUCCUCUGUAGCCCUAUGGAGAUAUUCCAUUAAAAAUCAGCUGUUUCCAGCUAGAAUAGUCAUUUACCACAUUAAUAAUGUCCAGACUGGCUUUCUGAUUCAUUUAAUGUUAUCUUGAUUUGAAAAAAAUG